AACAUGACAACAUUGGCAAAAGCGGAUCUAAGUGAGAUAAAAGCACUCGCUUCCCCUCCACGACUUGUAAUAAAUACACUUGAGGCUGUUUAUCUUCUUCUUGGAUACUCAGCUGCAGAAGCUGGGAACUACCAAUUCAUAAAAAGGGACUUGGGAAAGCCCGCAGACACCUUUUUAAGUCAGUUGAAUGGUUUUCAAGCGGAAAAAUGUGAUUCAGCAUCAGCAAAGAAAGCCAAAGCUUUGCUCAUAGAUGUUACAGUAGACAGGGCUAAAGCAGUUAGUUUGGCGGCAUCCAAAUUGGUGCUUUGGGCUUUGAAAGCGCUGGAAGAAUGUGAGACCGUCGGAAAACUUCAGAACAGUUCCUGAAAUUUCAGCAAUCUUAAAAUGUCCAAUGAUUUACAAAAAGAUUAUUGCUGUUAUAUAUUGAAUGUCAAAUUCAUGAAAAUGUUUGAUAUACAACCAAUUGUAAAACAUUACUAGUCAGGUUAUAAUUUCAA